UUUUUCGAAAAAAUAAAUACAAAACUAUUGAACUACAAAACUCUAUUAAAGAAUUAAAAGACCGUGCGGAAUAUUUUGUUAUACACAUUAUCUGAUGAAUAACUAAAUUCAAAGAGGCGAAGAGAAUUUGUUUGUUCUCUCUGUUUAAUGAGUGAUAACAUAGAAUUGCUGCAAUUUUAUUUGAGGCUUCAUUGAAGUGUACCUGUUAAUAUAAAAAAAUGGAUAAUGUCGUCGGAAAUAUUGAUAAUGCAAUGCUCACGCCAAAAUCAUUAGUUGGUCACCAGAUGUGUGUGACAGAAAUUCCGGACAUGGUUGUUGUAGAAACUCGGUUUAUAACCCAUCAAAUGGCAAAACAGAGGGAUAUGCUUUUGUCGGAGGCACUAAUACUCUCGCCAGAAACUUAUGACACUCGAACCGCAGCUGCUCAGAUCUUAAAUAGUUGUGUGGCAAAUAUGGUUGACAUGUCUGUGCAAACUGAUAGUCGAAAUCCUUUACGAAAUCGUGGACAGCAAACUAUUAAACUGAUUAAUCAACAUGAUGUAGGUAUUCAAUGUGAUUUAGAUAACGACAUAUACAAUAUUGAAGGUGAAUUAAAUGUUAAUCCACUGGAAGAUUGUAAUAGUGAUAAAUACGAAUCUUUUCUAAAAUAUGUAAAUGAAAAUACUUUUCCAUUUAAAAAUUGUAAGAAGGAAUGUUUAAUUUGCGGUGAAAUUUGCGCUAAUGCAAAAAAGGCACUCUCACAUAUGGCUACACAUUGGGGUCCACCAGCACUCUGUGAAAAUUGUGGCCAACAGUUCGAACAUCUUAAACUUUUGAUACAACAUCAAUGUAGUAGUAAGUCAAUUAAGAGAAUACAACAUCAGCAAUGUCCCCUAUAUUCAUGUGGGAUUUUGGUUAAAUCAACAUCUUUACUAGCUGACCAUUUAAAUGAGCAUUUGGGCCUAGCUUCGUACCGAUGCUUGCCCUGCCGUCGAAUCUUUCAUACUAGAGAAGAGCUACGCCAACACUCUGUGGAACACAAAAGAUGUUCGCCGAAAUUCAGGCGCAUAUAUAAAUCAAGUCACACUGAAAAAAUUGCAUUUCAUCAAAAACGAUUAUCAAAAUUACAAAGAUAUGCUGGUGUCAGACGACCAUUACGUUGGUAUUUCAAAGAUAUGUUACGGUGUCAAAUCUGUUUAGUAAGAUACUUAAGUACGUCAUUGUUUGCAAGGCACCGGCAAAAAUGUAUCAAGAAAUUUAAGCAAAGGCUGGAAUAUAUACAUGGGGAUACAUAAAAAUUGUAUCUUAAGGAAAUGAAAAUUAAAGUAAUUUUAUUUUAAAUGUCGUAUGAAUAAGUAUUUAUUUUAGCCAUUAAAAUGCACGCAUUGGACAUUAAAUAAACAAUUCAAAUAGAGGCAUAAUUUAAACAAACAUUA